AUGAAAGAACAAGAUGUAACCAUUGAAAACAAAUCAAUAAUUGCAUCAAAUGAAUCAUUUAUUCGUCUAGCAUCAUGGAUCUCUCGAAUGAAAGAAGAAUUUAUUCGCUAUUAUUCUCGUUUUGGUCUAGUUCAUUGGUCAAAUAAUGAAAAAAAUCAAUGGUCUAGUUAUUCAACAACAGUUAAGAAUACUGAUCUAAUAAAUAUUAAUGAAAUUCAAUAUCCGAUAAAGUUCGAAGCAAAUCAACUCGAAAAUAGCGAUAAAAUUCAAAUUAUUGUCUAUAUCAAAAUAAACGAAGCAGCUAUUGUUGAAUUACCGAUUAGCAAAUGGCAAGAGAAAGAAAUUGAAACUAUGCUUGAAAUAUUUCUUAGAGAAUUAACUAUUUUUUGUCAGUUACUUUUAUAG